AUGGAUAACGAGCAGUCCGAUGACGACAAAGCCCUCCUGGCCCGAUUGAACGCCAUCAAACCCUCCACUGCUUCUUCGCUCUCAGGCGUUAGGUCGCUACCACCACUGCAAUCGGAGUCUGAGGAUACACCUGAAGAUCUGAUUGUCCGCUUUCAAAAAAUCCAUGGUCGUGAAGUCAACUAUAAUGGUACGAGUUUCAAGAGCGAGGAUUCUCCAAAGAAUGAUCGGCCCACGUCUCCAACGAUUGAAGAGCUAUUAGCUGAGCUUGGACCUGAGGAACAGUUUCAAAUCGAUGAGACCGAAAUGAGAGAGGCACGGGGACUACUUGAUGAAGCAAAAGCUGUUCUCCCGGCCCAAGGGGCUUCUACAGCUCCUAGCGCCGAGAUUCAAGUCUCUACGGGCAGGCCUGAUCCUACUGAGGAGCGUUCAAACGAGGAUGAAGAAGCAGCUUCCGCACUACAAAGAAUCUUGGACGAGUCUGAACGUGAUGUGGACGAGCACACAUCGCUCUCUCAGGUGACGCAGCAGGAAGAGAGGCCACCCCCAGAGCCUACCGCAGUAGACUCUUUCGCAGCCCUACAGUUCCCUACUGUGCCUCCAGACAACACUCUCGGUGACCUCAAUUUGCCUUCAGUUCCUACCAACGCACCUGGAGCCACAAGCAAAGUAAGACCGGCCGCUGCCACAGAAGAAGAGAUAGAGAGCUGGUGCAUCAUCUGUUGCGCAAAUGCGACAGUCCAAUGCUUCGGUACUACUAUCGCACCCCUAAGCGGCAAGCGAGCAGAGUUCAUCCGCUUUGAACAGUGA